AUGGGCUCAACAAACCCCGCAGAUGAGAUCUCCGGCUCUGCAUUAGAUUUGACUGUUCUCGGUCUCAAUAGUGGCACAUCGAUGGAUGGCAUCGACUGCGCACUUUGUCGAUUUCGUCAAGAGACACCGGAGUCGCCGAUGCAUUUUGAGCUGCUCAAAUAUGGCGAAAUUCCAUUGGAACCAGUGAUCAAGAAGCGGGUAAUGAACAUGAUUCUGCACAACCAUACAUCGCCCUCCGAACUUUCAGAAGUAAAUGUGAUCCUCGGUGAGACGUUCGCAUCUGCCGUGCAUCAAUUCUGCAAAGAAUAUCAAAUCGAGAUCGACUCGAUCGAUGCACUAGGCUCUCAUGGCCAAACAAUUUGGCUUCUAUCUAUGCCGCAACCUGGUGAGACGCGCAGCGCAUUAACGAUGGCAGAAGGCUCAUUCCUGGCAUCUCGUACUGGUAUUACUUCUGUCACCGACUUUCGCGUCAGUGAUCAAGCAGCCGGUCGCCAAGGGGCGCCUUUGAUAGCUUUCUUCGACGCCCUUGUCCUGCACCAUCCGACCAAGCUACGUGCCUGCCAAAAUAUCGGCGGUAUCGCAAAUGUUUGUUUCAUUCCACCUGACUCACAUGGCGGAGUUGAUGCAUGCUAUGAUUUCGAUACGGGCCCUGGAAAUGUCUUUAUCGAUGCUGUUGUGCGACAUUACACAGACGGCCAACGCGAGUACGACAAGGACGGCGAGAUGGGCGCCCGGGGAUCUGUAGAUCAGCAGCUCGUGGACGAGUUCUUGAGACAUCCCUACUUCGCUUUAGAUCCCCCUAAAACCACUGGCCGUGAAGUUUUCCGCGACACGCUGGCGCAUGAGUUGAUCAAAAAGGCUGAGGCCAGAGGCUUGAAACCUGAUGAUGUCGUUGCUACUAUCACUCGUGUCACUUCGCAAGCUAUCGUCGAUCAUUAUCGACGCUAUGCACCCGAGGGACUUGAGAUCGCAGAGAUCUUCAUGUGUGGUGGUGGGGCGUAUAAUCCAAACAUUUCGGCUUUCAUCCAGGAAAACUAUCCUAACACUAAGAUCCUCAUGCUUGAUGAUGCUGGGAUCCCCGGCGGAGCAAAGGAGGCCAUCACUUUUGCCUGGCAAGGUAUGGAAGCGAUUGUCGGUCGGUCGAUUCCAGUUCCCACUCGCGUGGAAAAUCGCCAGGAGUAUGUAUUGGGAAAAGUCUCACCAGGUAAAAACUACCGGAAGGUCCUACGUCACGGUAUGCUGUUUGGUGCCGGACGUGACCAUUUGGCACCUGUCAAGGAACUGGUGAACUAUGUCGAUGGUCAGAUUUUCGAUAAUAAAUGGUGA